UCGGCGGUUUGUGCGUCGUUGCGGAGUCGCUGCUGGUGUUUGCGUGUAAACAAGCCGAGGUCCGAAUAGAGAAGCGUGUAUGUGCGCCAAAAAAGAUAAUGCACAUUGUAUUAUUUAAAAAACCGCAGGUAUUUAUUUAGCAGGUGGUAGCCCUGCGUAAUGAUAAGGUAGUUAUUUGCUGUUCUGUUUGCGGGAGAAGGGUGCGCUGAAGGAGGACUGCGAGGGUAUUCCCGGUUGCUUUCGUUUCGUUUCGGCCACGCUAGACCAGGCAGCUCUGUGGGAAACUCCCUGGAUGUGUACGGGCCUAGUUCAACAGGGAGCACAGCCGCAGCCCUGUUACCAAGCUGGCAGGAGCACGACGUUUUUGAAAAUGGAAUCUGAAGUGAAAGACGGAGAGGAGGAGAGUCUGCAGACAGCUUUCAAGAAGUUGAGAGUGGAUGCUGAAGGGUCUACUGCGGCAGCUCGAGUCUGUGAGUCAGCAAGUCAGAGGACACCAGCUCGUGCAAAUGCAGAAGGAGCCAAACCCAAGACGGCGUGUUCAAAAGAGAACUGGCAUGGAUGUGCAAGGAAGACAUCGAGGGGAGCUGUUCGAAGCCAGCGCAGACGCCGCUCAAAAUCUCCCAUCCUUCACCCUCCAAAAUUCACCUACUGCAGCUCCAAAGUGUCCCCACCUACCUGCCAGCUCAAACACAAAAGCCAGCCUGACCCUAACCAAGGAUGUGUUUCCCUCGGCGCUCCCGCUAAAAAGGAGCUUUUAUCUGCAGGGAAAUCCUCCCCAGUGUUCGGUGCCACCGCUUACCCACCCUACAUUCUUCAGCCUGGGGGAGCUGUGGCUCCUGGAGAAAUUGUCAAAUCCACAUCCACCUCCCACGAAGACGACGACGACGAAGGAGCUCCGAAACAAUCCUCGCCGGGGAGCAGCCACCAGAAGGUCAGUGAAAGUAAGCUCAGUUCUAACUCCCCAUCUGACUUCCAGUCUCUGUCCAAGCUUAGCGAAGACAAGGACUGCUCCUGUCCCCAGAAAGAGUGCCAGUGCAAAAACUGGCAAGGCGUGGAGGUGUACUCCUUCACUGGCCUUCGAGACGUCAUUUCGGAAUGCGAGAGGAACAUGAUGUCAGAGGGCAUUUCUCACACUCCAUCGCAAAGGAGAACUGGGAGCAGUACUGCGACAACAGGGUCCCCGCGCUCCUGUUCAGAGCAAGCCAGGGCGUAUGUGGACGACAUCACAAUCGAGGACCUUUCAGGUUAUAUGGAAUACUACCUGUAUAUCCCUAAGAAAAUGUCACACAUGGCAGAAAUGAUGUACACUUAAAAUAGAUCUGUUUUUUUUUUUUUUUUAAUGGUUGAGCAUGGUAGUGUAAAAACAAGGCAACUAGAAGUUUACCUUUUGUCAUGCUGUUCUGAUCAAGCUGCUUGUAAUAAGCACUUCUCUCUGUUUUUUGUUUUUUUGUAUCCUGUGUUCUCAAUCCCAGAUUACACACAGAGUGACAAGGUAGAUUUCAGUGAAUCUGAGUUUUUAUUGAUCCAUUGCUGCAAUGAUCGUUGACAUGAUAAAGUUGCCAAAGUUCUCCAUGAGUAUUACAGGUAUGAUUUUUGUACUGUAUGUAAAGCCAACAUUAGAACUAUGUUCCUGAUGCCAAGGACAUAUGAUUUGUGUGUGGGAGCUUCCAUUUCACUGUGUUGAUUAUACAUUGUUAAUGUUGCAUCUGCGUACUAUAACACUCAUCAUUCUAACAUGAUAGCAAUCUUGUGGUUUUUUUGGGGGGGAGUAUGUUUGUUUAAAUAGUGAGUUUCAUAACCUCAGCAUUAUGAGAUCCUGUUUAAAUGUGUUUUUUUUUUUUUUUUUCAUCAAAUUCAUGAGAGUGAUGUGUGGGCUUGGGCAAAAAAAAAAACCCUAACCAGCAACAGUAAUAUGCAGUACAUGUGCAUUGUUUAAUUUCGCCAGAUAUUUAUUUACACCCAGAUUGAUUUGGUAAUGCCAUUUUUUACCUAGUCUGUUAAUAGGUAAAUAUUAUUUAAUGCUGUGUGAACACAGUUGUCUUAACAAUUAUCAUAUUAUGUUUUUAAAAAAUAAAUAAAUAAAUAAAUUUCAAUGAAUUAUUGAAGUUGUCCAGUCUGCUAAACUAAUUGCCUUUCGGGAAAUAC